AUGAGGGUGUUUAGAAUGAGGAGUGUGACUCCCGUGGAAAUGAGUCCCAGCGUGGGUGCCGCUAAAACUGAGACUGAGUACAACAUGAAGUCUAUCAGGUGUCUCCUGAUGAUCAUCACGGCCAUGUUCAUUGUGGUAGGAGGUCUGAUGAUAGUGCUGGGUAUCUCAGUAUACUCACACUUCCACAGCUUCUCCUCAUUCUACGAGAGUGGAAUGAUACGCAUGACACCAUCGACCCUCAGCGUGUUUAUUGGCUUGGCGCUACUGAUCAUAUCCAUCUUCGGGUUCUUCGGCAGUUUGAAGCUAAGCACUUGCAUGGUCAACGUGUAUGCAGUGAUCUUGAUGCUGGUGUUCAUUGUCAAACUAGUUGUAGUAAUUCUCGCCUUCACUACGACUGGGUAUGAAAUAUGGAGACAUAUCAAUGUGCCUGUUCACAUGUACAGCGAUCCUGAGGUUCAAGAAGAAAUAGAUAUGCUGCAAUCUAGCUUCAGCUGUUGCGGCAGUUAUUCCUACAUGGACUACUUGGACGUGGUGUUUGGGCCCAACCAGCCUACACUGCAGGCGUCCAUGAUAAUUGAUGGGGACCAAGUCAGCAUGACCUUACCUAGAACAUGCUGUCUAACAAACGAUAGAAAUUUCUGUCAAAGAGUAUCAGGGAUCGGAUGCAAGGACGCACUAGUAAACGCUAUGGUGCAGAAUUCGACUGUCAUCGGUGUCCUUGGAAUAUCUGUGAUGUUUAUCAAUUUACUCGGCAUAAUAUUUGCUCUGCUCCUGGCACGUAGUAUCCGCAAACUGAAGAGUGUAAGAGUUUUGCUCGCGUGGAGAGUUCGAGAGAGGGUUAUUGUAGCACGACAGGCUGAGGAAAGGCAGCAGACUGAGGCAAACCAAGUCUACAUCGACCCUCAGUCAUCAAGCACAGCAUAA